CUCUGAUCUACGUAAAGGAAGUUUGAAGGUGAUUAAAAAUACCUAAAUGAAAAGUUUUCAACUAUCCAUUACUAUUUUUCUUUUCAAGAAGGCAACUAGUAUUUUUGAAAAUGUCGCUCGGUGUAACUCGCGAACGCUACAACAUAAUAACUUCGCGUUACGCGGACUUCCUCAAGAUACUUGACAAGGACGUUCCACCGGUUCGUGUCUUCGAUCCGCUGACAAAGAAGCAAAUUGGUGAACUGGAGCUGAUCAGGGAUAUCAGCAAGUACUUGCAAGAGAAGAAGGAUGAUGACAUUGCUGCUGCUAACAAAGCCGAAACAGAAGAGGUCGUUGAAAAGCCAAAAGCCGAAGUUGUUGAAGAGGUAAAAGAGAAAGAAGCUUCGAACUAAUGGGAAAAUAUAGUUAAUUUAUUGUUUAGAUUUAAGAUUUUUUAAUAAAUUAUUAAAAAAUA